AUGGACAACUCGGCAUCGCCCUCUAUUUACCCACUCGAAGGCGGUUGUGCCUGUGGAUUCGUACGGUAUCGCCUCGAGACACGCCCACUCAUCGUCCACUGCUGCCAUUGUACCUCCUGUCAACGUGAAACCGGGACCGCAUUCGCCAUAAAUGCCGUCAUCGAGUCCACCCUCGUCACUCGUCUCCCAUCAGCACCACCCUCAGUGCCCGCAUCAAGUACUCAACCCGCAAAACCCGCUGGCCCGCCAUUAUCCAGGCCAGUCCAGGACUCCGCGGACCUCGAAAUUAUCACUACACCAUCGGAAUCGGGAAGAGGACAGCGAAUUGUCAGAUGUCCAGCUUGUAAAGUUGCAGUGUGGUCCCAUUACGGCUCUGCCGGUUCUCGCACGCGCUUUAUUCGAGUGGGAACGCUGGAUGAAGCGUGGAAAGUCCUGCCUGAUGUGCAUAUAUACACGCAGAGCAGGAGGGGGUUUCUCAAAUUGGAUGGGUCGAUUCCGGCGUUUGAUGCAUUUUAUCCUAACAUGGGGGACAUUUGGAGGAAGGAGAGUAUGGAUCGAUGGGAAAAGGUUAUGAAGAUUGAAGAGACGGAGUGA